CCCGUGAACUCCCACCCCCACCUUAACCAUUCGUUCUAGUCGUUCAAAACCUUUUAAAAACGAAAAAUAAAAUAUAAAUACGCCGUGAAAUAUCGCCACAGUCAAGCAUAAAAGCUCGAGAGGGUAAAAUCUAUUUCUUCGAUCGCCUGUUUGUGAUUUGUUUAGAGUGAAGUUGUGUCUCCCGCCUCCGCGAUGCACUAUUUGCGAUCUUUCGCGUGCGGAUUUGCACGUACGUCGGCCAGCAGCACGGGCCUUCCGUCACGUAGCGCCGCACGAUCGUUCUGCUCGCAGAUCGAACCGAAACAAACACCGAAACCGACCGCCACCGGCGCCGCUGCCACCGGGAAUGGAUCCACAAUCAGUGCACAUACUCACGCUCCAAACAAUUUGGAAAAGCGGAUGCUGGUGUUUACGAAGCGAUACAAAUCGAUCGACGAAGUUCCUAAUUUUGUGAGCCAGGAAAAGAUGGAACGUGUACGGAAUCAGGUGCGCAUCAAAGUAGCCAACUACAUGAUGAUCGCAACGGCGAUCGGAUGCAUCAUUAUGGUGAUCAGCGGGAAGAAGGCCCAGGAACGUGGUGAAUCGGUGUCCCAGAUGAACCUCGAUUGGCACAAGGAGUACAACGAGAAGGCACGAGCCGAGUACGAGGCCGCGCUGGCCGCUGGGGCGAAGAAGUGAACCACGUUUCGGAAUGGUUGUUUUGAAUGGAUAGCUUCGUUUCAAUGUGAACUGUUGUGUAUGGGGCAGGUAGCACCAUAACUUCUGCUGUAUUCUCGUGUAAAUACAUAACGUACUCACUCACCUGUUA